AUGCUGCGACGCCUACAGCCCCGGAGCGCGGGCACAAAAGGCCCAGGGGCCACGACAGAGGCGACUUUGGAGGCCUCCUCGCCCCAUCCCUCAGCCUCUGUGGACUCUCAGGCCUCCACCAAGCCGCUGCUGCGCUGGGACGAGGUGCCCGACGACUUCGUGGAGUGCUUCAUACUGUCGGGCUACCGGCGGCUGCCCUGCACUGUGCAGGAGUGCCUAGCCUCGGUGCUGAAGCCCACCAACGAGACGCUCAACUUCUGGACGCACUUCAUUCCCCUUCUGCUGUUCCUGAGCAAGUUCUGCCGCCUGUUCUUUCUGAGCGGCCGCGACGUACCUUUCCACCACCCUUGGCUGCUGCCACUGUGGUGCUACGCGUCCGGCGUGCUGCUGACCUUUGCCAUGAGCUGCACGGCACACGUGUUCAGCUGCCUGUCACUGCGCCUGCGAGCCGCCUUCUUCUACCUGGACUAUGCUUCCAUCAGCUAUUAUGGCUUCGGCAGCACGGUGGCCUACUACUACUACCUACUACCGGGCCUCAGCUUGUUGGAUGCCAGAGUGAUGACCCCUUAUGUGCAGCAGCGCUUGGGCUGGCAUGUGGACUGCACACUCCUCAUCGCUGCCUACCGUGCACUCGUGCUGCCUGUGGCCUUUGUGCUGGCGGUGGCCUGCACUGUGGCCUGCUGCAAGAGCCGCACGGAUUGGUGCUCUUAUCCGUUCGCGUUGCGCACCUUCGUCUUCGUCAUGCCACUCAGCAUGGCCUGCCCCAUCAUGCUUGAGAGCUGGCUCUUUGAUCUACGAGGUGAGAACCCCACGCUCUUCGUGCACUUCUACCGACGCUACUUCUGGCUGGUGGUAGCCGCCUUCUUCAAUGUGAGCAAGAUCCCCGAGCGCAUCCAACCUGGCCUCUUUGACAUCAUAGGCCACAGUCACCAGCUUUUCCAUAUCUUCACUUUCCUCAGCAUCUACGACCAGGUGUACUACGUCGAGGAGGGCCUGCGUCAAUUCCUCAAGGAGCCCCCUGCUGCUCCCACCUUUUCGGGCACCGUGGGCUACAUGCUGCUGCUGGUCAUCUGUCUGGGGCUGGUCAUCAAGAAGUUCCUGAACAGCUCUGAAUUCAGCAGUAAAAAGUGA